AGGAAGUGCUGCACUCAAGCUUCCUGUAUAAAUAAAUGCAGCUUUCCCACAGCUACUGCAUACAAGCUGUGACGUGCUUUUAAGAUAUAAUGGCAGCAUGCUCUAAUAGCAGGGAGGGGAUGAUUUAUCAGAGUGGCAAAGGGGCUGGGAGACAAGUCCUGGUGCAGUCCUAAAAAGUGUACAGCUGUCAGAUACCCAGAGAAGAGGAAGGGCGUGUGAGAGCAAUCUGCCUCUGCUCCUCAUUGCAAGCUUCAGGGGUUUGUGACACCGUGGUUCUUGGGAAUGCUGGAAUCUGAGUGCAGCUACUGAGAAGUCACACAGCUGGCAGUGAAUGCUACUCUCCUUUCAAGGCUGAGUGGACCAUUAAUGACUGAAUGGGCUCUCCUGGGAAGGCUUGUCCUCACACCAUGACAGCUGAUGAGUCAGAAGCUGGAGAGCUAGCUCUGGAGCCUCUACUCACUUGCAAGCUAUGUCUCUGUGAAUAUUCCCUGGAUAAGAUGACCACUCUUCAGGAAUGCAGCUGCAUCUUUUGUACAGCGUGUCUAAAACAGUACAUGCAGCUGGCAAUUCAAGAAGGUUGUGGUUCUCCUAUCACAUGUCCAGACAUGGUAUGCUUGAACCAUGGAACCCUACAAGAAGCAGAGAUUGCCUGUUUGGUGCCUGUUGACCAGUUUCAGUUGUACAAGAGGUUGAAGUUCGAACGAGAAGUGCACUUGGACCCCGAGAGAACAUGGUGCCCCACGGCCGACUGCCAAACGGUGUGCCACAUUGCAUCAAGUGAGUCUAGAGCACCGGUGCCAGUGGAGUGCCCGGCUUGCCACCUGACGUUCUGCUCCUCUUGCAAGGAGGCAUGGCACCUGCAGCACCUGUGCCAGGAAAACCAAACUGCUCCAGUCCCAACUGAGCAGGGAUCCCUUAUUGGAACAGAGACAGAGGCACCAAUUAAGCAGUGCCCAGUUUGUCGAAUCUAUAUUGAGCGAAACGAGGGCUGUGCUCAGAUGAUGUGCAAGAAUUGCAAGCAUACGUUUUGCUGGUACUGUCUACAGAACUUGGAUAACGAUAUCUUCUUACGACAUUACGACAGAGGCCCUUGCAGAAACAAGCUUGGCCACUCACGGGCUUCAGUGAUGUGGAACAGAACGCAGGUUGUGGGGAUCCUCGUUGGACUAGGUAUCAUAGCAUUGGUGACCUCUCCCUUGCUGCUCGUGGCAUCUCCAUGCAUCAUCUGCUGCAUUUGCAAAUCUUGCAGGAGCAAAAAGAAAAAACACAGCCCACCAACAACCUAAAACUCUGUGUCUGUUUGAGUCUCCACCUGUACAGCAUAUGUAUGUGAGAAAGCACAAUAGUUGUAUUUUGGUGCCACACCAAUGCUCCUUCUUUUCUGCCAAUUCUUGGGAUAAGUGCCUAUUCUUUACAGGCUACUCUAUCACUAACAAAUCCUAGUGUGGGAAAGAUCUAGAUUAUUGUGCAGUACGUAUUGUGUAGGCCUUUACUUCCUGAAAAAGAAACCAGUUCAGCAUUCAGUAGAUCAUACCAUAAAUAUGAGGCACCUUUCAAGAUUGCUAGAACUUUCCCAUUUUCCAUCAGCUGCACAUGACUUGAUCCUGCAGUGUUACCCUGCCUUUGCAGAUCUAGUCAUUACUGUUGUGCUUUCUGUUGGUUCUUGGUGUCACUCAGAUUACUCAGAAAGUUCUGGGUAUUUUGUAAAAGAGGGAGAGGGAAAAGCCUGAUUAUGUUCUUCUCUCUGGUAGUUGGUAUCCCGUUAAAAGUAACAAACCAUUAAGAAAACGGGUUUGGUGAUUUCCUAUCAAUUGGCUGCCAUGGCAUUUCUUUCAGAAUUGAAAUAAAUUUGAUUUUUACUACUGAUCUCAAUUACAGAAGCAAAAAACCAACAAAACUCUUUCCAACUAAGACAGGGCUCUCUUCUGAGAGACUGGACUACCUUGAGAAAGCUGCUAUUUCUUUCAGUUCAAACAACAUAUCUAUCAUGAAAUAUGAGGAGUAUGCAUAUUUCCCUGCCACUGGGCAUGCCUUAUGUCAGUAAAAUGGGUAUAGCAAACUCACCAUGAAGCUAAUAUUUUAAGAAAGGUCAUGAUACAGUUCCCAUGCUGUGCACAGUGUUGGGAUCUUGGUUAUGUGUGCACAGAGUAGCUGCAUGGGUCUACUGGGUACAUAUGUACAAUGUAUUUUCUAGGCAGUCAGUGUACCUUUUUCCACAGUUUACAUUGGGUGGCAGCAAGAACCCUGUUAAAAAGUUUUUGAGACUAGAUUAAGUCAAGUCCUCCUUUAAAAACUUAAUGGACCCGUUGAAGUGAAUAUUUGGGAAAUGCUAUGUAAAUGUGAGCUCCAUCCACUGGUGGGUAUUUCUUUUGUCCUGCUCAAGGUCAAUAUACUUUGUUACCAGUAUUUUUCAGUUACUCUAAAUCUGGAAGGCCAUCAUUUAAUGAACCCUUCAUUUUAAUUUUGUGCCUCACCACCAGAUUAAUUCAGACCCUGGUAUCAGUUACACUUGUGAAAGUUCAGCUGAAAGAGCUGGAGUUACUCCAGGCUUGCUCAGGUGUAACUGAGAUCAGACUCUGCUCCCUGGAGUUUAUUUCCUUAAUGGCUGGUGCUCCUCACAACUGGGGCUGGAGGCGCUUUUGUUCUGCACUCCCGCCUGUGCAUUUUAUAUCUGUGGGAACAGAUACGAGCUUGCACUGGAUAAUUGGUUGCAAUUCCAAACCCCUUUCCGUAGGGGCCGCAAGGUUUAAAUGAGAUGCUCAGCCUGAGCGUUGUGUCGGGCUCACACUCUGCCAGGCUGCCCUUCUCCACGCACACACUGCAGGUCACCCGAAGAGCGUCUGUACUGUUGUGUUUGGCCGAGCCUCAGGAACUUUGCCUACUUGGCAGCUGUAAAUGUGACCCUAUUUUUAUUUCACUUUGCUCUCUGGUUACCUUCUCAGAAGUGGUAGAUGUUCUUCUUUUAAGAAAGCGUAGUCUGCUGAGCAGACUGGCAAGGACGAAGGCCUUAAAUGAUGCUGUCUGUUUUCCUUUUUAAUUGAUUUCUUUUAUAAAUCCUGUCUGACUUUGCUACCAGUCCUGACUGGAGGGCAGGCAGCACUCACCAGUGUGAAAGGCUCUAUUUAUUCUUCCCGCACAGCUUUGAAGGGAAGCACAAAGGUAGUCAGUCCAUUCUAAAUACAGAGUGCAAUGCAGGCAACUGCCAUUUAUAAUAAAUAAAGAAUGUUUUCUUGUAUGUGUUUUCUUUAAGAGCACUAAUGGUAGUGCUUGGGGUACUUGUGACAGAUUAGAAAGUGUCCAGCCCUUGGCUUUGCACUAUUUUUCUACCUACGUUCUUAUGGCACUACUGUCAUUUCCAUUUGAUUUAUGAACUUGAAGUUUAUGAACUUGAAGUUGCGAGUCUUACUUUAACGAAGCCUCAAGGACAAAGAUGUAGGAGCUGUGCAGUCUCUUUACCCAUAACCAGCAUUGCAAUGCACCAAUGUCUUCUGCAUGUUUUUGCAUUUAUGUUUUUUCAUGUUUUCUGAUCUUACCCAUGACCAACACACCCUCUGCUAGUCCGGUUUCUUUCCUUGUCCUCUCCCUCUUUCCCUUGGCCUGUUUUUGCUAAAAUGCCUAAUGGGAUGAAGGUGUCUGGUAUUUUUUGUUAAUACUGUUGUGUUAAUGAAACGGUCAAAUUCUUCCCUCUGUUAAAGAAAUUCAACUGAAGGCAGCUGUCUUGCCCAGAAUACAGUAAUGGACAAGUUUGACCUUGUUCAGUUCUUUACAUGUUGCCUGAAGCUAGUGCAGAUCUCUCCAUCGAGUGGGAAUUUGUUUAAACAGUUUGAAGAAUGGAGUUUUAUAAAAGUGUUGCACACACAAUUGCACACACUUUACAGCCUAUCUGUAAAGCCUGGGAAAACAACACCAUUCAGUUUAUUUUUAAGCACUCAAUUUAAGUGCAGGUAGUUCCCAAUCAGAGGCUAAUUCCUAUGGAACAUGUCUUAUUUCCAGUGCCAGGUUAGGUACCUGGUGUAGGUACAAAAAGCAGUCAAAAUUCAGUAUGCAGGAAUUUACACAACCUGAAAACUCAAAUGCCAGUCCAAUCAUCUAAGAAAUAUGUAUGAUUGGUAGAAGUGGCACAGACUGUAGUUGGAAGUCUUUACGUAAAAGCUGGAUAAGGAGAGCAUGCACUGCAGGCCCGCCUUCCUUUGGCUCUAUAAAUGCAGCAAAUUGACCAAAAAAUAAGAUCUGGAAAUACCUCAGAGGUUAAAAAUUGAAGUUUUACAACCACUAUUUCCUUUAAAAAGCCAUGUCCAGUGCCCUAUGUAUCCUGGCUUUUUCAAUGAGGAUGUGCAUUAAGUAGGCCCUGAUUUGGCCAGCACAGGAGGACGUCCUAACUCUGCCAAGUAGAGCAGUACCUGUGCUGAAGUGCUGGGAACAGUAGAGCCCUGUUGCCUUGUUUUCCAAAAAGCAGCUAUUUUACACCAGCUGGUCGUGCUCACAGAGUUUCCCCAGAACCAUUUUAGCAGGAAUCUUUUUACAGAGUUGGUUUUUGAUUUGUGUUGUUUGGGAUUUUUUAACUUUAAAAGAAACAAUUAAGUCGCUUUAUAGAAGAUUUUUUGCAAGCAUGACAAAUAGUACUAACAGAAAUUAGGGAGAAAGAAACAAAAACAGGACUCCAACUUGUGACUUCUAAAUCAAUGUAUCUGUAAAACCACCCUGCUGCAUUCCAUUUUAGUGGUUGUUGGAUAUCAGUGCCAGUCUUCACUCCCCUUCCCAUCUCUCUUCUUCCCUCCAUGGUAGGUGGCUGACAUGAGGGUAGCAGCGAGAGGAGAGCUCAGGGCUGUGGAAGUGCAGGGUACCACACAGGAGCACCACCCUGCAAUCAUCACCAGUUUAUCCUGGCACCUUUAACCACUAAGUGAGAACUUGAGGGGGUUUACGCCAUUAAUACGACACUGAGAGCAUUCACAGAUGUCUCUCUUGGAGAACAGAAGUGGCAAGUACUCCAUUCCCUCUGAACUAGGAGCAUUUACUCCUUAUGAAAAUUGGAAAAUGUCAGUUCCUAAAAUCAGAGACCUGUGCUAGAAAUCUGCAUUUUUGGUUCAUCUGGCCACAGAUCCCCAUGGCUAUGUAUUGCACAAUAUUUCUCAUCAGUCACAGGGUCUGUGUCAAAUACAGCUGAGGAUCCCACUCAGCAUCGCAGGUCCUUGUCUUAAAAUGAGUAUGAUACCUGUUCUCAAACCCACCUAUUACUAAGAAUAUUUGUCAUGCUAUAGCAUAAGUGCUGCCCUGUAGUAUUUAUUCCAGAACUAUGGGAGGUGGUCAGUGCUGCUGUUCAGUAAGUGAGGAUUUAUUAUUGGUACAUGGGAUUACCUACCCUAAAGAAGGGCAUGAGGGGUAACAGUAAUGAAUGUUUCUCAGUGCUUUAAUGAUGCUGAAUGCUACGCACUGUUGUCUGUCCAGUAACAUAACAUAAAGUCCAAAGAUAAGUUUAAAAUGUACAUACAUUUUACUUAAAUGAACUAAGAGAAACUGGAUAUUAGUUCCAGAUUUGCUUGGAAAUAUACAGAUGGACAACAAUCAACUGCAUUUCCACAAUGGGACAAUGAAAUCAACUUUUGUUCCAUUCUCUAGUACCACAGUGAGUGGUUGUGCUGUAGUGCCUGCUGCUCUAAAAAUUUGAAAUCUGUUUUGCACUGGAAUUUCCUUCUCCUAGUCACUGUUUUUCAAACAAAUUCUUUUUAUGAUCCUAUUUUUCAUCUUCUGUCUCAGGCCAAAGAUUCUUAGAGUGAAGUUACUAGAUUUCUUUGUGUGAGGAUAAGAAUCUUCCAACAAUUUUCUCACAAGUUUUAAUAAGAAAUUUGAUACUGAGGUAACUGACCAAAGAUAGAAAUUCCAGACUUGUCUUGUUUAGAAAAACUCAUUCAGACUUAAGAAGUUGUCUUGUAAGACCUAAAUAAGGACUGCUUUGUUAGAGCUCAUAGGUAAAGGAGCCCUACAGCUUUUGAACUUCACAGGAGAGAUGCUCCUAUUGUCAGGCAGACUUCUUUGGAAAUGUGAUGGGGAAAAAAAAAAUCGACAUCCUAUAUGCACAUUUUUAUUAUAUAAAUCAAAAAGGCUUCUCUUGUAUAGACUCACAGCUUAGGGCUUAAAACUCUCUGGAGGCUUUCUAGGAUAUACUUGUACAGGAAUAUAAUUUUAAAAAUACACUGAAAUAGUUGAACAGAGUGUUCUAGAUAUAAACUAACUCUGGUUAUAAACUUUCACAUAUGAGUGUGUAGGAUCAGACCCUGAUUCAUGUGGCUAGCAAGAAAGAUGUAAAAAUUUACCUUUCCUGGAACAGCAAGAGUUAGUUCUUCUGUGGUUUGCUGGAAGGUGAACUUACUGCUAAGAUUCUGGAAAACUUCAGUCUAAUUUUUAUUUGUCCUUUCGUUAGUAAAGUAAUGAAGUGAGAGCUGAAUGGUGUUGCUGAACAGGAAGCUCAAAGGCCUGUUUUGUGUCACUAUUCUCAAAUUUCUCAGAACAAAUGUGUUUUUAUAACUUAUUAUUAUAAUUUAUACAGUGCAUAUGUAAUUUAUAAUUAAUAAUUAUAAAAUAUGGAGGUUGAAGUAUUAUUGAUUUUAUCAUAUGAUAGAUUUAUUUUAGUUACAUUCAUACUGGAAGCCCUCUGAUUCCUGUGGAGAAGGUCAUGGUGCUCUUGGCAAGCAAAUUCCAAUGAUUUGGUGCAGUCCAAAGUAAACGUUUCCUGCUAUUUUGUAGUUAUAUCACAGGGAUUUUUGUGAUCCCUUAAUUGAGUGAUACCUUUGAGUUGAGCAAAUGUCUAUUGUUAGGAAAGGUAGCUUCCUAGCAACGAAUUUUAUUGACCAUCACAAUCUGAGCUAUACAAGAUGAUACUGGUUGACAAGGUCCACCAGCUUUUUGAGGACAUGACCUCAUUUUUCUUCAUUUUUCCCAAUGCUUUAUUUUUUCUUGGAUGAAAAUUAUGGACUUCAGUCAUUUGCUUGUGCCUUCUGGAUGUCGUCCAAGCAGAAGCUGCAGCUUCUGGUGGCCAAGUGCCAGGAUAUCCCAGACAGGUUGAAUGUGCAGUGAGUUGCUCAAAUUUCAGGAAGGCGCCUGAGCUGCCUUUAUGGCUUUCUGGGGCCCAUGUGGUAGAUGUGGUGCACAGGGAGCUCAUCCAGGUGAGGCUUCGAGUGUCACCAGCUCUAUGGCAUGUGUAGUGCUGGGCUGGUGCUGCACUACAGCCUUGAUGCUGGGCCAUCUUGCCAUGGGCGAAUGUAUCCCGGAGUUUAAUCAGGGGCCAUAUCUCAAACUGGCCCUUUCCAUAGCCACCCGCCCACCCCUAAAAGUCCCCAGAUUUCACAGCAAAUCUCUAUUCCUUUUGUUUUCCAAUCUCUGGUACAGGUCUGUUUCAGGUUCACAGAAGCUUCAAUUCAGAUGGGCUGCUUGGAGCUCAGCUGGUCUAAACAUUUGCUUUGCCUGAUGGGCAAGGCUUGGGAAUGAAAAUAAGCAGAACUAUUAUUUACCACACUGGCAUUAACAUCACAGGCACCAAGGGCUACUCAUGAGAGCUCUUAAGUGCCCCAGCAUUGCUUAUUUCUGAAAAAAAAGUGUGUGUUUUAAAUAUAUGUGGUUUGAAGUGUUCGAGUCUGACAUGGAGGUGCAUUUCUGUGCACUGCGGUGAGCUGGCAGCGGUCAUGGACCCCUCCUCAGUUGUCUAGAUGUUUGUUUCCUUGGUACCUGUUUAGGCUUUUGCAAUUUGUUUACCUGAGGUUUGUUUUUUUUUUUUCCUUUUCCUCCAGAUAAUACACUUUCUUCACCGCUUUUCUCCUGGUGAAGGGCAAAAGGGUUUGAUCUUUGUAAGAUUUGUUAAAAUAUUUUUGUGUUUUUAAGAGGAAAGCUGACAUGUAUAAAGAAAUAAGUGCUUUUGUAAAUUUUUUUGGUUGUAUGAUUAAACAUUUAAAUGUUUUACAGAUGCAAUUUUUUGCACUCUAUCUGCAUAUAUUCAUAAAAAUUGUAUUUAUUUUCUGUCUAAGGUUUACUUUGGGUUUUUUUUCUUCCAAUGUUAUAAAACGCAGUAUGUGCAACAUUAAAAAAUUAGUGUAAAGA